UCUCUCUCUGCCCGCACUCUCUACACACUUUAGCGAGAGAGAGAGAGGCGCACACAGGUGUUAGGCUCCGUUCUAAAAACCUAAGCUACCUUUAAACAGCUCUUCAACACUGGCGCACGACAUACACAAGCUCACAAAUUACAUAUAUACCGAUCUGCUAAUUGGUUGGAAGAGGUUUUAAGUUUCAGUUGAAUCCUGAGCUAAACUACCAUGUGGAACAAUAAUGGAGAGGCGCAUAUCGCGCCGCCGGGGACUGGUGGUCCGCCGGUACCUCCACCACCUGUCCCGGCACAGCCUUCAUAUACUGUGCUUGCACCGCAAACACCUCCAACGCCGGCCGAGGCGGAGGCCAAGCUGGAAGAAAAGGCACGUAAAUGGCAGCAGCUUAAUACGAAGAGGUACAGCGAUAAGAGGAAGUUUGGAUUCGUUGAGACGCAGAAAGAAGACAUGCCGCCGGAGCAUGUCAGGAAAAUUAUCAGAGAUCAUGGGGACAUGUCCUCCAAGAAAUAUCGUCACGAUAAACGUGUGUAUCUUGGAGCACUUAAAUUCAUACCACAUGCGGUUUACAAGCUUCUUGAGAAUAUGCCGAUGCCCUGGGAGCAGGUUCGUGAUGUGAAGGUUCUAUACCAUAUCACUGGGGCAAUCACUUUUGUGAAUGAAAUUCCAUGGGUUGUUGAACCUAUUUAUUUAGCUCAGUGGGGUACAAUGUGGAUCAUGAUGAGAAGAGAGAAGAGGGAUCGACGCCACUUUAAGAGAAUGCGGUUUCCACCAUUUGAUGAUGAGGAACCUCCAUUGGACUAUGCUGAUAAUUUGUUAGACGUUGAUCCUCUAGAGCCUAUUCAAUUGGAGAUGGAUGAAGAAGAAGAUUCUGCAGUAUACACUUGGUUUUAUGACCAUAAGCCCCUUGUCAAAACAAAGCUUAUCAAUGGUCCAAGUUACAGGAAGUGGCAUCUCUCCCUUCCUAUCAUGGCAACUCUUCAUCGGCUGGCAGGACAGCUCCUAUCAGAUCUAAUUGAUCGCAAUUAUUUCUACUUGUUUGACAUGGAGUCAUUCUUUACAGCUAAAGCCUUAAACAUGUGCAUACCUGGUGGUCCUAAAUUUGAGCCUUUGUAUCGUGACAUGGAGAAGGGGGAUGAAGAUUGGAAUGAGUUCAAUGACAUUAACAAGCUCAUUAUUCGGUCACCUCUCAGGACAGAGUACAGAAUUGCAUUCCCUCAUCUUUAUAACAAUAGGCCCAGGAAAGUUAAGCUUUGUGUGUAUCACACUCCCAUGGUCAUGUUCAUUAAAGCUGAGGAUCCUGAUUUACCUGCUUUCUAUUAUGAUCCAUUGAUACAUCCUAUAACCUCCACCAACAAGGAACGGCGAGAAAAGAAGGCUUAUGAUGAUGAUGAGGAUGAUGAUUUCCUUUUGCCGGAAGGAGUUGAACCUUUUCUGCAUGACACUCAGCUUUAUACAGACACCACAGCUGCUGGUAUUUCCCUGUUAUUUGCACCACGACCAUUUAACAUGAGAUCUGGUCGUAUGCGACGAGCAGAAGAUAUACCCCUUGUGUCUGAGUGGUACAAGGAGCACUGUCCUCCUUCAUAUCCAGUGAAAGUUAGGGUUAGCUAUCAGAAACUGUUGAAAUGCUUUGUUUUGAAUGAGUUGCAUCAUAGGCCACCCAAAGCGCAGAAGAAGAAGCACUUGUUCCGGUCUCUAGCUGCAACCAAAUUCUUCCAAACAACAGAACUUGAUUGGGCUGAAGCAGGUUUACAAGUUUGUAAGCAGGGGUACAACAUGCUGAACCUGUUGAUACACAGGAAAAAUUUGAAUUACCUUCAUCUUGAUUACAAUUUUAACUUAAAGCCUGUGAAAACCCUUACUACGAAAGAACGUAAGAAAUCUCGGUUUGGUAAUGCUUUUCAUCUCUGCCGUGAAAUCCUGCGUUUGACAAAGCUUGUUGUUGAUGCCAAUAUCCAGUUCCGGCUGGGUAAUGUCGAUGCAUUCCAGCUGGCUGAUGGUCUGCAAUAUACAUUUUCCCAUGUUGGUCAGUUGACUGGCAUGUAUCGCUACAAGUAUAGGCUGAUGCGACAGAUUAGAAUGUGCAAAGACUUGAAGCAUUUGAUAUAUUACCGCUUCAAUACUGGUCCAGUAGGGAAAGGACCUGGCUGUGGGUUCUGGGCACCGAUGUGGAGAGUAUGGUUGUUUUUCCUUCGUGGCAUUGUGCCUCUUCUAGAAAGGUGGUUAGGAAAUCUCCUUGCACGACAAUUUGAAGGCCGCCAUUCAAAAGGCACGGCUAAGACUGUUACAAAGCAACGUGUUGAGAGUCACUUUGAUUUGGAGCUUCGUGCUGCUGUCAUGCAUGAUGUGCUUGAUGCCAUGCCAGAGGGCAUUAAGCAAAAUAAAGCUAGAACCAUACUACAGCACCUAAGUGAGGCCUGGCGUUGUUGGAAAGCCAACAUUCCCUGGAAGGUUCCUGGCUUGCCAGUUCCUAUUGAAAACAUGAUUCUUCGAUAUGUUAAGUCAAAGGCAGACUGGUGGACAAAUGUUGCUCACUAUAAUCGUGAGCGUAUAAGAAGAGGUGCGACUGUUGAUAAGACAGUUUGUCGAAAAAAUCUAGGAAGAUUGACUCGCCUUUGGCUAAAGGCAGAACAGGAACGGCAACACAAUUAUUUGAAAGAUGGUCCAUAUGUCACACCAGAAGAAGCAGUUGCCAUUUAUACGACAACUGUGCAUUGGCUGGAGUCCAGAAAGUUUUCUCCCAUUCCUUUCCCUCCACUAUCUUACAAGCAUGACACCAAGCUACUUAUCCUUGCUUUGGAAAGGUUGAAGGAGUCAUAUAGCGUGGCUGUCAGAUUAAACCAACUGCAGAGAGAAGAACUGGGUCUCAUUGAACAGGCGUAUGAUAAUCCGCAUGAGGCUUUGUCAAGGAUUAAACGGCACCUGCUUACUCAGCGUGCCUUCAAAGAAGUUGGCAUAGAGUUCAUGGAUUUGUAUAGUGCUUUGAUUCCGGUUUAUGAAAUUGAGCCUCUUGAAAAAAUAACAGAUGCAUAUCUUGACCAAUAUCUUUGGUAUGAAGGUGACAAGCGCCACCUCUUUCCAAACUGGAUUAAGCCUGCAGAUUCCGAGCCUCCACCAUUGCUUGUUUAUAAAUGGUGUCAGGGUAUAAACAAUUUGCAGGGUAUCUGGGACACAGGUGAGGGGCAGUGUGUAGUUAUGCUACAAACAAAGUUUGAGAAGUUCUUUGAAAAGAUUGACUUGACCAUGUUAAACAGGCUUCUUCGUUUGGUGCUUGAUCACAAUAUUGCGGAUUAUGUCACUGCAAAGAACAAUGUUGUGUUGUCCUACAAAGAUAUGAGCCACACAAACUCAUAUGGUUUGAUACGUGGGUUGCAGUUUGCUUCCUUUGUUGUACAAUAUUAUGGACUUGUGCUAGAUCUCUUACUUCUUGGAUUGACUCGAGCCAGUGAGAUUGCUGGUCCACCACAAAUGCCAAAUGAAUUCAUCACUUAUUGGGAUACAAAAGUUGAGACAAGGCACCCAAUUCGAUUAUAUUCUAGGUAUAUAGACAGGUUGCAUAUAUUAUUCCGCUUCACUCAUGAAGAGGCUCGAGAUCUCAUCCAGCGAUAUCUUACUGAGCAUCCCGAUCCUAACAAUGAAAACAUGGUUGGGUAUCAAAACAAGAAAUGCUGGCCCAGAGAUGCAAGAAUGAGGCUUAUGAAACAUGAUGUAAAUCUCGGGAGAAGUGUAUUUUGGGAUAUGAAGAACCGUCUCCCUCGAAGCAUCACAACUUUGGAGUGGGAGAACAGCUUUGUUUCUGUUUACAGCAAGGACAAUCCAAACUUGCUUUUCAGCAUGUGUGGGUUUGAAGUUCGGAUACUUCCUAAAAUAAGGAUGACUCAGGAAGCAUUCAGCAAUACCAGAGAUGGUGUUUGGAAUUUGCAAAAUGAGCAGACUAAGGAGCGAACAGCUGUUGCUUUCCUACGAGUUGAUGAUGAGCACAUGAAGGUGUUUGAGAAUCGUGUGAGGCAGAUCCUUAUGUCUUCAGGGUCAACUACUUUCACAAAAAUUGUCAACAAAUGGAAUACGGCUCUGAUAGGUUUGAUGACUUACUUCCGCGAAGCUACUGUGCAUACUCAAGAGUUACUAGAUUUGCUGGUUAAAUGUGAAAACAAAAUCCAAACUCGUAUUAAGAUUGGUUUAAACUCAAAGAUGCCGAGCCGAUUUCCUCCUGUCAUUUUCUACACGCCAAAAGAAAUUGGAGGACUUGGCAUGCUAUCGAUGGGCCACAUAUUGAUCCCACAAAGUGAUCUGCGAUAUAGCCAGCAGACAGAUGUUGGUGUAACUCACUUCAGGAGUGGAAUGAGUCAUGAAGAAGACCAACUGAUUCCAAAUCUUUAUCGCUAUAUUCAGCCAUGGGAGAGUGAGUUCAUCGAUUCGCAGCGUGUCUGGGCGGAAUAUGCCCUUAAGAGGCAGGAAGCACAGGCACAAAAUAGGCGUCUUACCCUAGAAGAUUUGGAAGAUUCUUGGGAUAGGGGAAUUCCGCGUAUUAAUACCUUAUUUCAGAAGGACCGUCAUACUCUUGCAUAUGACAAAGGAUGGAGAGUGCGCACUGAUUUCAAGCAAUACCAAGUUCUGAAGCAGAAUCCUUUCUGGUGGACUCACCAGAGGCAUGAUGGGAAACUCUGGAACUUGAACAAUUACCGAACUGAUGUUAUACAAGCUCUGGGUGGUGUUGAGGGAAUUCUUGAGCAUACUUUGUUCAAAGGAACAUAUUUCCCAACUUGGGAAGGUCUCUUUUGGGAGAAGGCAUCUGGGUUUGAAGAAUCAAUGAAGUACAAGAAGCUUACAAAUGCUCAAAGAUCUGGUCUCAAUCAAAUUCCCAAUCGAAGAUUUACCCUUUGGUGGUCACCCACAAUAAAUAGGGCCAAUGUCUAUGUGGGUUUUCAAGUGCAAUUAGAUCUAACCGGCAUCUUCAUGCAUGGAAAGAUCCCAACCUUGAAGAUUUCAUUGAUUCAGAUAUUCCGAGCUCAUCUGUGGCAAAAGAUUCAUGAGAGUGUUGUGAUGGAUCUGUGCCAAGUCUUAGAUCAGGAGUUGGAUGCUCUGGAAAUUGAAACCGUGCAAAAGGAAACAAUUCAUCCAAGGAAGAGUUACAAGAUGAACAGCUCCUGUGCUGACGUUCUCCUAUUUGCGGCUCACAGGUGGCCUAUGUCAAAGCCAAGUCUUGUGGCAGAGUCAAAAGAUGUGUUUGAUCAGAAAGCCAGCAAUAAAUAUUGGAUAGAUGUACAGCUCAGGUGGGGUGACUAUGACUCUCAUGAUAUUGAGCGUUAUACCCGGGCCAAAUUUAUGGAUUACACAACGGAUAACAUGUCUAUAUAUCCAUCUCCAACUGGGGUUAUGAUUGGGCUUGAUCUGGCAUACAACUUGCAUUCUGCAUUUGGUAACUGGUUUCCUGGAUCAAAACCACUGCUAGCUCAGGCCAUGAAUAAAAUAAUGAAGUCAAACCCAGCUUUGUAUGUCUUGAGGGAGCGGAUAAGGAAAGGUUUGCAGUUGUAUUCUUCUGAGCCUACAGAACCUUAUUUGUCAUCCCAAAACUACGGUGAGAUCUUCAGCAAUCAGAUUAUAUGGUUUGUUGAUGACACCAAUGUGUAUCGUGUUACAAUUCACAAGACAUUUGAGGGAAACCUUACAACAAAACCCAUAAAUGGUGCAAUAUUUAUAUUCAAUCCAAGAACUGGCCAGCUGUUUCUGAAGGUCAUCCACACUAGUGUAUGGGCAGGACAGAAGCGUCUUGGGCAACUUGCUAAGUGGAAAACUGCUGAAGAAGUUGCAGCUCUUGUACGGUCUCUGCCUGUUGAAGAACAACCAAAACAAAUUAUUGUGACUCGUAAAGGGAUGCUUGAUCCAUUGGAGGUUCACUUGCUUGAUUUCCCAAAUAUAGUUAUUAAAGGAAGUGAGUUGCAGUUGCCAUUCCAAGCAUGCUUGAAGAUAGAGAAAUUUGGUGAUCUGAUUUUGAAGGCAACAGAGCCACAAAUGGUUCUGUUCAAUAUUUACGAUGAUUGGCUGAAGAGCAUCUCAUCAUACACUGCAUUUUCCCGACUUAUUUUGAUCCUUCGUGCACUUCAUGUGAAUAAUGAGAAGGCAAAGAUGCUACUCAAGCCUGAUAAAACCAUCAUUACUGAGCCGCACCAUAUAUGGCCUUCUCUCACUGAUGAUCAAUGGAUGAAGGUUGAGGUUGCUUUAAGGGAUCUCAUACUUUCAGACUAUGCCAAGAAAAACAAUGUAAACACCUCAGCGCUGACACAGUCUGAGAUCCGUGAUAUUAUUCUUGGUGCUGAGAUUACUCCUCCUUCUCAACAAAGGCAACAGAUAGCAGAGAUAGAGAAACAGGCCAAAGAAGCCAGUCAGUUAACAGCAGUCACAACAAGGACAACAAAUGUGCAUGGUGAUGAACUCAUCGUCACCACAACUAGUCCCUAUGAGCAGGCUGCAUUUGGUUCCAAAACCGAUUGGCGUGUCCGAGCAAUAUCAGCUACAAAUCUCUACCUUCGGGUCAAUCACAUAUAUGUCAAUUCGGAAGAUAUUAAGGAAACGGGAUAUACUUAUAUCAUGCCCAAGAACAUUUUGAAGAAAUUUAUCUGCAUAGCAGAUUUGCGUACUCAAAUAGCUGGGUACCUUUAUGGUAUUAGUCCCCCAGAUAACCCUCAGGUGAAGGAGAUCCGGUGUAUUGCCAUGCCACCACAGUGGGGUACUCAUCAACAAGUUCAUCUCCCGUCAGCACUCCCUGAGCAUGAUUUCCUCAAUGAUCUGGAGCCCUUGGGAUGGAUGCACACCCAACCAAAUGAGCUUCCUCAGUUAUCACCACAGGAUCUGACAAAUCAUGCUCGGAUUUUAGAGAACAACAAGCAAUGGGAUGGGGAGAAGUGCAUCAUCUUGACUUGCAGUUUUACUCCUGGAUCAUGCUCAUUAACUGCAUAUAAGCUUACCCCGAGUGGGUAUGAGUGGGGUCGUGUCAACAAGGACACUGGAAGCAAUCCUCAUGGUUACUUGCCAACUCAUUAUGAGAAGGUCCAGAUGCUAUUGAGUGAUCGUUUCCUUGGUUUCUAUAUGGUUCCUGAUAAUGGGCCAUGGAAUUACAAUUUCAUGGGGGUGAAGCAUACAGUGAGCAUGAAAUACGGAAUCAAGCUGGGGACACCAAGGGAGUAUUACCACGAGGACCAUAGACCAACCCACUACCUGGAGUUCAGCAACUUGGAGGAGGGUGACGUUGCUGAGGGUGACCGGGAAGAUACCUUCACUUAAAGUUGGACACUGUUGUGUAAUUUUUAAUCCGAGUUGAGCACUAGUUUUAACCCAAGUAUGAAUUUUUCUGCUUGGUGAAAGAAACUCUAGUUUUGCAGUACUACUUGUAUGAUACAUGUUUAGAUAAUUGUUGUAAAUCUUCGACGAGGGUCUUUAUGAGCUGUACAUAUGUGUUCUAGGAAUUGAAGUCUACACCUUGAAAUUA